UACCAAACAAGCAAUUUAAUAGUAGCUUAGGGUUACCUUCUACAUGCCAUUUACUUGUUUUUUAAAAUCUAUAAAGCGAAAAAGCUUCUUCUCCCCGUAACACUUGAUAGCUUUUCCUUGUUGAAAAUUAGGACCUAGAGGGAGGGGACUGCUUUCAAAUGCAAGAAGAAGAGAUUUUGAACUAAGAGAUUCACUGGUAGCAGAGAGAGAGAGAGAGAGAGAGAGAAAGAGAUUAACACGAUGGUGGCAAUUAGGAAAGUAGGGAAGUACGAGGUAGGAAGGACAAUAGGAGAAGGAACCUUUGCCAAGGUAAAGUUCGCGCAAAACACGGAGACUGGUGAAAGUGUAGCCAUGAAAAUUCUCGAUCGAAGUACCAUCAUCAAACAUAAGAUGGUCGAUCAGAUAAAACGGGAGAUAUCUAUAAUGAAGCUUGUUCGACAUCCUUAUGUCGUGCGCCUGCAUGAGGUUUUAGCAAGCCGAACAAAGAUUUAUAUAAUAUUGGAAUUCAUUACAGGUGGUGAAUUGUUUGAUAAAAUUGUGCAUCAUGGACGACUUAGUGAGGCUGAAGCUAGGAGAUACUUUCAACAGCUUAUUGAUGGUGUGGAUUAUUGCCACAGUAAGGGAGUCUACCACAGAGAUUUAAAGCCUGAAAAUCUUUUACUCGAUUCACAAGGAAACUUGAAGAUUUCUGAUUUUGGUCUGAGUGCACUGCCUGAACAAGGAGCUAGCUUGUUGCGGACAACAUGUGGAACUCCUAACUAUGUAGCACCAGAGGUACUCAGUCACAAGGGUUAUGAUGGUGCUAUCGCAGAUGUGUGGUCCUGUGGGGUCAUCCUUUUUGUUCUGAUGGCAGGAUAUCUUCCAUUUGAUGAGCUUGAUCUCACCACAUUAUAUAGCAAGAUUGACAGAGCAGAAUUUUCUUGCCCAUCUUGGUUUCCAGUGGGAGCUAAAUCUUUGAUUCAUAGAAUUUUGGACCCGAAGCCUGAAACACGUAUUACAGUUGAACAGAUUAGGAAUGACGAGUGGUUCAAGAAAGGUUAUGUUCCUAUCAAACUUGUUGAGUAUGAAGAUGUGAACCUUGAUGAUGUAAAUGCAGUUUUUGAUGAUCCCGAGGAGCAAAGGGCUGAUGAACAACACGGGAAUGAGGAGAUGAGUCCCUUGAUUCUUAAUGCAUUCGACUUAAUAAUUUUAUCUCAAGGCUUGAAUCUUGCAGCCCUAUUUGACCGUGGGCAGGACUCUCUGAAGCAUCAGACACGCUUUGUUUCGAAGAAGCCAGCAACUGUUGUGUUAUCAAGCAUGGAAGUUGUUGCACAAUCAAUGGGUUUUAAGACUCAUAUUCGCAAUUUUAAGAUGAGAGUGGAAGGUCUUUCAGCUGAUAAGGCUGGUCAUUUCUCAGUUAUUCUGGAAGUAUUUGAAAUCGCUCCAACAUUUUUAAUGGUAGAUAUCCAGAGAGCUGCUGGAGAUGCCGCCGAAUACCUCAAGUUCUACAAGAACUUCUGCAGCAAUCUUGAGGAUAUCAUCUGGAAACCAUCCACCGAGUCGAGCAAAUCUAAAAUGACGAAGUCGAAGAGCAAAAGGCGCUGAUUUUGUUUCCUGGAUCAUCAUCAUGUUGCAGUACCAGUGUUUUGAUGCAUGCUGCUGAUUAUGCAUAACUGUACUGACAUCUCUCGGUGAUGUGGUCUUAGCUUACAUAACCCUUCCUUUUAUGUCGUCUAACACCUCCACCUCUCCCAUGUUCCGGAAGGGUAGAAAAUACGUGUUUCUGUUUUUUCUUUAUGAUUUACUGUGUGUAUCUUUGUUCACUUGAGUUCCACCAUUGUAAUGCUGUUUUGUAGCCAUAACAUGUAACAUUUAUAUAUACGUGUAUGUUAAAAGGAUGAAUUGAUAAUGAAGUUUUCAAUGAGAA